CUCCCUUACUCAACUUGAGCCGGCGUCUCUCGAACCACAUAACCACAUCCUCCACAACUAGACGAGUCUUCUCUAGAGAAUCAGCUUCUUGUCAGUCUUACUGCCACAUCUCCAAUAUGGCACGCCGGAAAUCCGACACUGAAGAGACUACCGAGUCUCCAAGUCCUCAGUCCCGACGGAAACGAGCUCGCGAUCACGAAGACGCCGAAGAGACAGAACCAGAUACUCCUUCCAAAAGGAAACGCACCUCAGCCCGGGCCCCGAGUUUCCAAGGGGAUUUAUACGAUGUACCAGAGGAAGAUGACUCGGUUACCGUGUCAGAGCCUCCUCCCGUCACCGAGACACCCAAGAGGAAACGAGGGAGGCCACCAAAAAAUACGAGCACGACCACGAGCACAGUAUCGGCAGUCUCUGCUGCAGCUGUCCCGGGUCGUACAGCCAAUGGAAAUGUUAGCAACUCUGCAGAAACUAUUGCUUCCACCACUGCAUCCACCACUGCAUCAGUAGUAGAGACGCCCAAGAGGAAACGAGGCAGGCCACCAAAGAACAAGGACGUGCCGACACCCGCAGCCAACCUUACCGCGACGCCAUCCAAGCUGCAACAACCCCGAUUCGAAACACCUUCCAAGGCCACAGGCCCCAAUGCCUUCACUCCGCGGAAAAGAGCGGCCGUCGACCGAUCUGCCAAGCGUAAAAGUGCAAGGGCCCUCAUUGAGCGAGCUGUCAGAGACGACGUGAGCGACGACGAAAACGAAGACGGUCUCGUGCGAGAAAUUUACGAGUCGAGCGACGACGACGACGACGACGAAAACGAGGACGAGGAUCAAAACGAGGGAGAUGUCGCGGAAGCCCAAACUCCUUCCAAAACGCCGUCGCGCCGCGGUAGGAAGCCCAAGGCCCGAUCACCGACUCCGCCGCGCGACCUCCCGCCCCACGAGCUAUACUUCUUGCACAAUAAGCCCGGCCGCCCCAGAACAUCCAACAACACCUUGGCCUCUCUCGACCUGCUGACCCACGAGGAGUACUUCUCGCUGCUACGGACCCACCGCGACCACCACGAGGACGACCUCACCUUCCUCCAGUCCCUCCACGAGGCCUCCUUUCCCCAGUGGUCCUUCGAGCUCUCCCAGGGCUUCAGCCUCUGCCUCUACGGCCAAGGCUCCAAGCGCGCCCUCCUCACCCGAUUCGCCGAGCACAUCCACGCUUCGUCCAUCCACCACCGCGACCGGGACCGGGACCGGCACAAACUCGUCAUCGUCAACGGCUACGUCCGCUCCCUCGCCCUCCGCGACCUCCUCAUCACCAUAGCCGCCGCCAUCGAUCCAGACCCAGAAUCCGCCUCCACCGCUACCACCGACCCGGACGCCGCCACCGCCACUGCCGCCACCACCGCCACCGCCAUCCCCCCAUCAUCGGCCGUGAAGCUCCCCGCCCAACCCCACGCCCUCCUCCACGCCCUCACCGCCCGCCUCACCGCAACCCGUACGACCCUCACCCUCCUAGUAAACUCCAUGGACGCACCCCCCCUCCGCCGCCCCGCCAUCCAACACGCCCUCGCCCACCUCGCCUCCCACCCGUCCGUCCGCCUGGUCUGCACCGUCGACACCCCCGACUUCCCGCUCCUAUGGGACGCCGCCCGCCGCGCCGCCUUCAACUUCCUCUUCCACGACGCCACCACCCUCCGCCCGCUGGACGUCGAGCUCGACCCCGUCGACGACGUCCACGACCUGCUGGGCCGCCGCGCCCGCGCCGUCAACGGGAAAGUCGGCGUCGUCUUCGUGCUGCGCAGCCUGCCCGAGAACGCGAAGAGCUUGUUCCGCUUACUCGUUACCGAGGUGCUGCUCGCCAUGGAUGACGAUGGCGGGGGCGGGGAUGGUGGGAACGCUUCUUCCUCUUCUUCCGCCCACUUGCGCGGCAGCGAUGCGGAGAACCCGGGCGUGGAGUACAGGAUGCUGUAUAACAAGGCUGUUGAGGAGUUUAUUUGCAGUUCUGAGAUGGCGUUCCGGACUUUGCUGAAAGAAUUCCAUGACCACCAGAUCAUCACGAGCAAGAAAGAUGCCAUCGGCACGGAGCUUCUCAGCGUUCCCUUGCGUAGGGAGGAGCUGGAGGCCAUAUUAGAAGAACUGAUGACUUGAUGCCGGAAGAUAAACGAACAACAAAAGGACUAGACUGUUGGUGAGGUUCCCGUGGAGCCAGAUUGCUCCCUGGCUGAUGAUGCUUCGGACCGGCUACAUAUUUGCGACCUUGAAUUAAUUAUAUCAUCAAAAUGUCCAUCCAUGCUUUAUAGUCAGCUUUCCCAUAGCUCCAAGAAGUGGCCAAGAAGACAGUAAAGAAAUCCACCGACCCCCCCAAACGCCGUUCGGUGUCGUUGACCGAGAAGAAAUAAAAGUCCCCUUUCCAGUCAGGUCGCCCGAAGCCCAAGGCCAAAGACCGUAAUCGACUAAACCCCCAAACUUUUAACGCACGUCCACAGAACAAUAGGCACAAUCACAUUAUCAUUCCCGCCCGUC